AUGUUACCCGCCGAUAAUGUCGUUUUUCUUCCUUUGUCCCCUCGGUUAAGGACCAUGAAUGACUCUUCAGCAGAAUGGGCUACAUACAACGAGCUAGGCCGUCUCGCUGCUUGCAACCAGACUAUACGUCUUCAAUUUUCCUUGUACAAUCCUUCAAGUUCUAUACGAGCCUGUUCGGUAUCCUCCCACUCCCCCUCCGCAAAAGCUGCACAGGCACCUGCCUCCAAAAAAUUCGAAUCCCAGGAGGUAAGCCUUGAGCUUGGCUGGUGGAACACCCCAACUUCUUCGAGUCCCGUGGGUGCCAAAGCUGCCGUGGAAGAGGCUCAAAGAGCCCUUUUGACCUCGAGCAACAACAAGUCGACCACUGCUUUUAGUUACUCGGGCAAUUCUCUUGUUGGUCUCUAUGCUGGACACGGAGUGCUCCACUCUGAUGCCGCCACCACUGUGCUGCAGCACUUUACUCAAUAUCUCGAGUCGCAGAAGACCAUCGCUCGAGUGCUCCUUCAGUACUGCGGUGUCAACUCAAACAAAGCACUUGGUAUUGUGGUCGACACGACUGGUGACUUUUCUGCUGUGCAGCGUAUUAUGCGGGAUUGGAAUGAGGCCAAAUGCCAGACUGGCUUUGACGGUAGCAAAAAACUGCCCAACACUGCUUUACGUCUUGAGAGACCCUUCGCUCAGACAAGCUCGACCACCGACCACUUGGCCCGCCGCAACUCACACCACGGUGCCCACCACGUCCAUUCCAUCCACCGGCGGGCGACGUGCAAGACUAUUCAAGUCGCGUCCGGCGACUCCUGUGGAUCCCUCGCUAAAGAAUGUGGCAUUACUGGAGCGAAAUUUGAGGAGUAUAACCCUGACAAGAAGCUCUGUUCCACCUUGUCAGUUGGUCAGUAUGUAUGCUGUACCUCCGGUGAUCUUCCUGACCUUACUCCUAAGCCUGAGCCUGACGGCACAUGUGCUUCUGUCCUUGUUGAACCCGGGGAUAUCUGUUCUACAAUAGCCGCUGCCAACGGGAUCUCCAUUGAGGACCUGGAGAAUUUCAAUAAAAAGACCUGGGGAUGGGCGGGAUGUGACCGCCUCCAGCCCAAGCAACGGAUCUGCCUUAGCAAGGGCAACCCCGCGAUGCCUGAAAGUAUUGAAAAUGCCGUUUGCGGUCCGCAGGUCCCAGGUACCAAACAGCCAGCUAAAGGCACGGAUCUUGCUGAUCUUAAUCCAUGCCCGCUAAAGACGUGCUGCAAUAUCUGGGGUCAGUGCGGUAUUACUGAUGACUUUUGCACCAUCACCGAGUCAGAAACUGGAGCCCCCGGCACAGCGGCCAAUGGGACAUAUGGCUGUAUAUCCAACUGCGGUACUGAUAUCGUCAACAAUGACACUCCUCCGGACUCUUUUAUUACGAUUGGGUAUUUCGAGGCCUGGAACUUUGAGCGCGAGUGUCUGAAUAUGGACAUAGCCUACUUCGAUACGUCCGCCUACAGCCAUCUCCAUUUUGCUUUUGCCGAGAUCACCGAGGACUACCAAGUUGAUGUUUCUGCUGUCCAGUCCCAAUUCGAUAGUUUGCUGAACAUGGGCGAAGUGCACCGCGUCUUAUCGUUCGGUGGAUGGUCCUUUUCAACCGAGGUAGACACCUUCCCCAUCUUUCGAGAGGGCGUGACCGACGCAAAUCGAGAGUUAUUCGCCACCAACGUGGUCAAUUUCAUUGUGGACAAUGACCUCGAAGGCGUCGAUUUUGACUGGGAAUACCCAGGAGCGCCAGAUAUCCCCGGUAUUCCCGCUGGUGAUGAGGGAGAUGGAGAACGAUACUUGCAGUUCUUGAAGCUGGUGCGGGAGAAGCUUCCAGACAGCAAGACCCUAGCGAUUGCUGCGCCUGCUUCUUUUUGGUACUUGAAGGGCUUCCCCAUUGCAGAGAUCUCUAAAGUCGUUGACUAUAUUGUCUACAUGACCUACGACCUGCAUGGCCAAUGGGACUAUGGCAACCAAUAUUCUACUUCUGGAUGUUCUGAGGGUGACUGUCUGCGCUCCCAUGUGAAUCUUACAGAGACAACAAGCGCUCUGUCAAUGAUCACCAAGGCCGGCGUUUCCUCUGACAAAAUCAUUGUCGGGCUGGCCAGCUAUGGGCGCUCCUUUAAAAUGACCAAGGCAGGCUGCACCGGGCCCAUGUGCAGGUUCGUUGGACCUGACUCUGGCGCGGCAAAAGGCGAGUGCACCGAUACAGCAGGGUAUAUUUCCGAUGCCGAGAUCUACCGGAUUCUUGACGAAGACGAUACAGCAGAGACAUUCUACGACAAUAGCAGCGAUAGCAACAUCCUCGUCUACAGAUCCACAGAAUGGGUUGCAUUCAUGGACGAGCACACAAGAACCAGCCGGACAGGUUACUACGAGCGCCUCAACAUGGGCGGGACAACCGACUGGGCGGUUGACCUGCAAGCAUUCGGGUUUUCUGGAGGUGGAAAUGGCGGCCACGGCGGCGGCGGCGGCUCCUUGAACCAGUCCAUUGUCUACAUCUCCCCCAGUAUCUGGACUGACGGGAAGGAUCCUGCACCAGUGCAAUGCCCUGCGCCGUGCGUUCUUGUGCUCCCGGAUUUCCCUCUCAGCUCGACGUCUGUCAUCUCUCGUCCUCCGUAUGUUACAACCCUGGAUGUGGCCUGGCCAACGGCCGCGACCCUGACAACCGGUGGCUCUACCGUGACCACUACCACCGUGACUCGCAUUCUACAGGAAACAACUAUCAAGGCACCUGCAGUCACUGUGACCUCCCUGCCGAUGGCUAAUCUUAACAUCACUGUCCCUAUCAAGGGUAACAGCACCAUCACCAUCACGCCCAAGCCACGAUUCCCGGCGCAGACUGUCACCAUCACCAAUGACCCUAACCCACUAGGCAUUACGGGCGUCUCGCAUCCGCCUGUCACUCGGAGUGUGACCUUGCCGCCCUGGCCUCAGGGAACUGUCAUCUAUUAUCCAAAGGAUUCCGUUGACAACGGCGAAGAUCACAAUAAUGAUGACAACGAUGAUGACGGCGACGAUGAUGAUGACAACGAUGAUGACGGCGACGAUGAUGACAGCAACGAUGAUGACGGCAACGACGACGAUGACAGCAACGAUGAUGACGGCAACGAUGAUGACGGCAACGAUGACGACGACGACGAUGGUGACGACGAUAAUAACAACGACGACGACGACAUCGACCUUCCUCCCAUCCCGGCCAUCACCGUCAAGAACGGACCCGGUUCACCAGGCUGCGGCGCCGACGAAGACUGCGGCGGUCUCUGUUCGAGCCCUCUCGACUUCUGCUCAUGCUUCAUAUGCCCCGGAGGUGGUGGUGCUGGCGACGGUGGCUUCUCAGACCCCAACGACCCAAACCCACCCCCACGACCUCCCGGGGACCCAGUAAACAAUAAGGGCGAUGGUCCGGACAGUAGUUGCACGCAGACAUCCACUGAGACAAACUACUGGGUAUCGUGCGAGAGCCUAGGCUCGACAUCGACGUCAUGCACCACAACAAGCAGCAUGCUCGCCAUCGGCUGCGACAUCACGGCCACAACGACAACAACCGGCGAGGGCGUCUGCAGCAGCUUCAACCCUGAUGAAGACCAGGGAGACAGCAAUGGCCGGGGCUCUGGAGGGCCCCCGACGACGGUCCCAACAGUCUCGGCCACAACAACGACUACAAACAACGAGCCCUCCACCUCUUCCGAAACGACAACCACUACCAAGACCUCGACGACAUCCUCCCUACCAUCCACGACGGCCGCCAGCGGCUGCACCAGGGUCGGCGGCGACGGCCCCAGCAUUUCCCUGCGCUGCUGGAACAAAUGCGACCCAGACACGGGCUCGCCCGUUGGCGGCGACUGGGCGGAGAACGACCCCUGGUGCUGGAUAGCUGAAAGCGGCAGCGAUUCGUAUGCCACUUGUUUGAAGCAAUCCGACUGUCCAACCGACUUUGAGUGCGCGAAAUCAUGGGGCUGCGUUGUUCCACUGUCCGGUGGGUGUGCGUCUCAGAGAGUGUUAGGCAAAACCUGCUGGAGCAGCUGCAACGAGAAGACCGGGAAGCGGACGAACGAUAAGUGGGAAGAGGGCAUGCCGUGGUGCUGGGUGCAGAAUGGAGCAUUUGCCAGCUGCGACGAGGACGACAACUGCAGUGCCACCACGGAGUGUGCCCCUGACUAUUGGUCCCACGGGGGAUGCGAUACUAAUAGUAAGACCUAG